CAGGAGGAUGCUGCCGUGCACCUUUCACCACAGAAAACUGAUGUUUUUAUGUUUGGUAACAGGGAGCCAAGGCGUGGACGAUGAAAAAGAAAAAUAAACGACUUCGAGGGAGGAUGUAGAGCUUUCUUGUGUAAAUAUGUAAUUGCGCGCAGGGGAAGCGAGUAGAGGACGGCAGUGGUGUGAAUUCGUAGAUUGCAGCAUGAUGAUAUAUUUGUAGCGACCAUUAUUGCAAAUAUGGGCUCUCAAGUUGUGCAAACGCUACGCCAAGGGGUCUGGGCUUCGCUGACAGGCGGAUGGUAUCAUGAUCCAGACCAGAAUAAAUUCAACAAUUCAUGUCACCUCUAUUUAUGGAUGUUUUUGCUUAUGCUCCCAUUAUCUCUUCAUCUGGCUCUUCCACCCACAACCACUACCCUCAGCAUCUACUGCACCUCAGUGACAGUCUUCUUCGUUGUCAUUAAGAUGAUUAAUUAUCGCCUCCAUCUGAUGUUCGAUAAGGGUGACAUUAUUGCCAGAAAUAGUGUGACUGACAUCAGCAAAGAUGUAGACAAGAAAAGCAAUGCAUCUGAUUCCUGUGUUCCAUCUUUGAGGAAGAGCAGCACAGUUCCUGACAGUGUUGCUACAUUAGGAUUGACCAAAAACAGACCAAGCCCAAUAAUACAGGUCAAAGUGAAACAGACUGAAACAGACCCUGGCCUAAUUGGAGAAUGUCCAAAAUCUGAAGAGUUGAAGAACAUAGAGGGCCAGGGUGAUGCGCUCUGUCAUGAAAGAUCUAGGACAGAGGCUGAGGAGAGACUCACUCCUGAAGAUGUAUUCAGUCCCAACACUGACCAGUCUGCCCCACUCCUGCAGGGAGAGCAGAUUCCUUCAGCUGACAGGGACAAAGCUGAUGAUGAUCUGCCCCCCUCCACAGUUAAUGAGGAGGACACUAUAGAGGAGAAAGAGAAACCCCUAACUGACCCCAACAACAAUCAUACCUCUGUAGAAAUCACAGGAGAUAGCAUCAGUGGAGAAAGACCAGAGGAGAAUUAUUGUUCUGAUGAAAUUGCUGUGGUGCUGGUUGACAACUCAAGUCCUUCUGCCCACCUGGAUGAGAGUGAUACAGUGAAGAUCAUUAUCACAAUGAGCUGUGACCCACAGACAGCAGCUGAGCUUGAAGAGUCGGUCAAACUCAGCAUCUUAGAGUCAGCUCAGUCCCAUCACGGAGACUCAGACUGUACUGUCAAAAUUCCAGUCAUCACCUUUGAUUCACCUCAUGAAGUGGAGGAACCCUCUGCCGAUGAUGAUAAAGAAGAGAUGCCAGUCGCAGGAGACACAUCUGUUCAGGAGCAGUCAGAGCAUCAAGACAGCCUUCUUACCAAAGAGCCAGUAAGCUCUGAAUCCGCUCAGGAAUGCAAAGAAAUCGAGAGCAAUGAGCAUGAGAUGCCCAACCUGAGUCCCCAGUUGACAAAUAACAGCUCCUCAGGCAUUGAUGUGCACUCCCAUCCUGAUGAAAGCGACCCUCCGGAGCUUAAGUUGGAUGCUGAUGGAUUCCUGCAGAUUCCAUCAGCAUACAUGAGGUGUACCCAAAGUGGAAGGACACAUGGUAGAGGACUCAGCAUUGACAGUGGACGAGAUGCAGUCUUUAUUUGCCACAGAGCCAAAGAAAAGCCUUGCACGAUGACCUCCUCUAAAUCAGACCUAGAAGCCAAGGAGGGCCAAAUACCCAAUGAGUCCAACUUUGUUGAGUUUGUCUCUUUGCUGGAGUCUAUCAACAGCACCAGAUUCGAAGGUGGAAAUCAGGCCAAGGAGGAGAAAGAAGACAAAAAUGAGGAAAGCAUAGUGGCGAAGAGUUCUGAAAUCUCAGAAUAUACAGCGCAACAGGGUCGUCAAAAUACCCCAAACAGUCUGGCUACAGAUACAAUGAAAACCGUUCCAGAGACUUUGAUUCCUAUUGUCUCUCCAGAAAGUCCACAGACAGAUAAGGAGAGGGACCCAGACUACGACUCUCUGCCCUCACAAACAUCCCAUUCAGAGAGCUCUAUGCUACAGGUCAUCUGUAGACCAGAGGCCACAUCCAAAGAGGAGGUGUACACUUUUCACACUGUUCACAGAGAGAGACCUCGGAAACUGUACAAUGAAAGAGCUCUAAACUUACCCCUUGGUGCCGAGCUCAUCACUGGCAACAUAUGUGAUCUGCUGUCUACAUCAUCUAACUCCGAGUGUCAGGACGGGUUGGUGGGCGGGCCCUCCGAUUGCCCGUUCCAGCGACGUAUCCUUCCAACUCGCCGUCUCCAACCCAGGAGAACCCAUCCGGAAAUUUUCCAGGAGGAGGAUUCCUUGGACGAAUCUUCAGAGACAUCAACCCAAGAGAAACCCUCAAGAAAGUUCUACUACAAGCUAAAGGUUUUUCCUGGGAAAUGGAUGAACAUAUUGUACGAUCGGUUAACCUUGUUGGCAUUACUUGACAGGAAUAAGGAUAUGACUGAGAACAUGGUGGCUGUAUUCUUAGCUUUCUUGGUGGCUUUUCUGGGGUUUGUUCUUCUAAACGAGGGCUGCUUCAAAGACAUCUGGGUCUUUCAGUUCUGUCUUGUCAUUGCUAGCUGUCAGUAUUCCUUGCUGAAGAGUGUACAGCCGGAUGCGGCAUCGCCUACUCAUGGGCAUAAUCAAAUUGUCAUCUACAGUCGAGCUGCAUAUUUCUGUAUGUUUUGUGGCCUUAUUUGGAUUUUGGAGAUAGUAUUGAGAACACCAGACCUCCCUGUAUCCACUGUCUAUGGCAUCACGAUAGUAACAUCAGAUGCUCUCUACUGUGUGCAAGCUAUUUUAGUUGGAUUUACAUACUGCUUUCCAAUAACAUUUCUUCUUGGCCUCUUUCCACAAAUCAACACCUUCGUUAUAUACUUUUUAGAACAAAUCGACAUGCACUUUUUUGGAGGUACAGCUGCAACUGGACUCCUUUCGGCUGUGUACUGCAUAAUACGGAGUCUUAUAGCGUUAUCUUUACUCUAUGGAUUCUGUCUUGGUGCUUUGAAGGAGCCUUGGGAUGAGCAGCAUAUUCCAGCACUUUUCUCUGGUUUCUGUGCCCUGCUAGUGGUCCUGUCCUACCAUCUUAGUCGACAAAGCAGUGAUCCAUCUGUGUUGCUCUCACUGAUUAAGUCCAAGCUGAUGCCAUCACUUGGGCAUGAUGAGGAAGAGGAGAAUGAGAUUCCUUCUGAGAACACAGACCCUCUUCCAGAGAAACUCAAAGGCUCAGUGAAAGAGAUUUUACUGUCAGAUCUGGUUGUCUGUAUUCUCGCCUCGAUUUUAACCUUUGCAGUUACUGCUAGCACUGUUUUCCUGUCUCUAAGGCCAUUUGUAUCCAUAGUGCUGUAUGCCCUAGCAGCCACUGUGGGCUUUGUCACCCACUAUCUCAUCCCUCAGUUACGCAAGCACCAUCCCUGGCUGUGGAUCUCCCAUCCUGUGCUGAAGAGCAAAGAGUACUCACAGUUUGAACCUAGAGAGGAUGCUCAUUUGAUGUGGUUUGAGCGUCUCUAUGUGGGGCUGCUGACUUUUGAAAAGUAUGUCGUCUACCCAGCCAUUGUCCUCAGUGCACUUACCAAUGAUGGCUUUGCCCUCAGCCAUCGUAAGAAACUAGGAAUACACUGUGAUGUCUUGUUGAUGACAGUUGCUGGGAUGAAGCUUCUUCGUGCCUCUUUCUGCAAUCCCAGCUACCAGUUCCUCACGCUCAUCUUCACCAUUAUCUUCUUUGAGUUCGACUGCAGCAGUGCCUCUGAGACCUUCCUGCUCAACUUCUUCCUAAUGUCCAUCAUCUUUAACAAGCUUUGGGAUCUUCAUCACAAGCUGCACUUCAUUUUGGUGUAUAUCGCCCCCUGGCAAAUAGCAUGGGGUAGUGCAUUUCAUGCAUUUGCACAACCCUUCGCUGUACCUCACUCCGCCAUGCUGCUGCUGCAGACAUUAAUCACCACACUCUUCUACACGCCUCUCAGCCCCUUCCUCGGGAGUGCCAUUUUUAUCACCUCUUAUCCACGGCCGGUAAAGUUCUGGGAGAGGAACUACAACACCAAACGAAUUGACAAUUCCAACAGCAGAUUGGUGUCCCAGGUUGACAAAGAGACUGGCUGUGAUGACAACAACCUCAACUCUAUCUUCUACGAGUACUUGACACGCUCCUUGCAGCAUUCUUUGUGUGGGGACCUGAUGUUGGGCCGAUGGGGGAAUUACUGUGCUGGAGAUUGCUUCAUCCUGGCUUCUGACUACCUAAAUGCACUCAUUCACCUCAUCGAGGUCGGCAACGGUUUGGUCACCUUCCAACUGAGAGGCCUGGAGUUCAGGGGAACAUACUGUCAGCAGCGGGAGGUGGAGGCAAUCACAGAGGGAGUGGAGGAGGAUGAUUCUUGUUGCUGUUGUGAGCCAGGUCAUUUGCCUCAUGUUCUGUCCUGCAAUGCUGCUUUCAAUCUUCGCUGGCUGGCCUGGGAAGUGACCACUACUAAGUAUCUGCUGGAGGGCUACAGCAUUAGUGAGAACAAUGCUGCCACUAUGCUGCAAGUUUAUGACUUGCGCAAGCUGCUCAUCACUUAUUACCUUAAGAGUAUCAUCUACUUUCUGGCUGUCAACCCCAAGCUGCAGAUAUGGAUUAAAGACCAGUCCACACUGGAAGCCCUGCAGUCUUACACUAAAUGGCAUCACAUUGAAAAAGACCCAGCUGUGUUCAGCAUGAAGAUUGAUGAGGACUAUGUCCACUGUCUGCAGGGUGUCACAAGAGCCAGCUAUUGCAACGUCUACCUGGAGUGGAUUCAGUACUGUGCCAGCAAACUGGAAGAGCCAGUGGACAGCGAUGAAGAUUCUCCUCUGGUUACUCUGUGUUUUGCUCUAUCUGUGCUUGGCCGAAGGUCCCUAAGCACAGCAGCACAUAACAGAUCCAACAGUUUGGAGUCAUUCCUUUAUGGCUUCAAUACAUUGUUCAAAGGUGACUUCCGCAUUGCUGCUAAGGAUGAAUGGGUGUUUGCUGACAUGGAUCUUCUGCAGACAGUGGUGGCCCCUGCAGUUCGAAUGAGUCUGAAACUUCACCAGGACCACUUCACAAGCCUGGAGGAGACGGAGGAGCCUGCUGUGCUUCACGAGGCCAUCAGCAACUACAGAACCAGUCUGGUGAUUUGUCAUGAGAGCGACCCUGCCUGGCGGAGAGCAGUACUGUCCAGCCGAGACACAUUGCUCACGCUCCGUCACAUGGUUGAUGAAGGAACAGAUGAGUACAAGAUCAUCAUGCUCUACAAACGCCAUCUCAGCUUUAAAGUCAUAAAGAUCAAUAAAGAAUGUGUGCGAGGUCUGUGGGCAGGCCAGCAGCAGGAGCUUGUCUUCAUCCGUAACCGUAAUCCUGAGCGUGGAAGCAUCCAGAAUUCAAAGCAGGCGCUGCGGAACAUGAUCAACUCCUCAUGUGACCAGCCUCUGGGUUACCCCAUGUUUGUGUCCCCACUCACCACCUCUUACAUGGGAACUCACAAGCAGAUCAGAAACAUAUGGGGUGGUCCUCUCAGUCUGGAGAGCAUCCGCUCCUGGCUCCACUCUAGGUGGUUUCGGGUGAGAAAGGAUAACCAUACCAGCUGUAACAGUGGCAUGAACAUGGAGGAUGUGGAUUGUGCCGGCACCUCUUUAAGUCAAAACCAUAACUCUGCCACCUCUCAGAGCCUGAGCCUGUAUCAUGGCCGUCCUCGCAGCUCUCAGUCCAGACACCAUAGAGCAGCUCAUCGGGAGUAUCGUAGUCGCUCAGUGCAACCUCAGGGUCAGCGUCCCCCCGUCACCAGCCAAUCGGGCCCCAUCCUGGACAGCCAGCAUGGCUCGGGCUCCGGAGGCCCCGGUCUGGUGCAGCGCCUCUCCAACAGCCAGCUGUCCUUCAACACCUCCUCAAUUGCCUCCGUCUUUUCCCAGGUGCCUCGUCUGUCCACAACAGGGCCUCUGGCUUCAGCCACAGGUCACCAUCGCUCCAGCCAGGUGUCUUCCUCCAGUUCCACACUGAGCCUGCUCUUUGGCAAGCGGAGCUUCUCCAGUGGUUUGGUUAUCUCUGGCCUCUCUGCAGCUGAUGGUGGAAACACCAGCGAUACGCAGUCCUCCAGCUCCGUCAACAUUGUCCUGGGCCCGUCGUGUCACUCAGCAAGCCGUGCAACGCAGCAGUGGACAUCAGAGGCUUAUGAAAGCAUAGACGCCACCUCCACCAAUGCCACAGGAUCCAAGGUCCAGAGUACAGAUAAGAGCCAAGAUGACUCUUCCUCAAUCCUCUAUGAGACACCAGAGCAGAAGACCAUAUAAGACCACAAUCACCAAAUGCCUCAGUCCAGCAUGUUCAAACCACUGAGCCCCUGAAAGUUAAUGUACAUUACAGAAGUCUUUUUAUAAAACCCAAACAUCUGCCAUGUGUAGAAUUGUAAGUAUCCUAUUUAUGGGAAAAUAACUACUCUUCCAAAAAAAAAGAAAAAAAAAAAAGAACACAAAGACCAGUACAAAACUGAUCCACACAUAGUGAAGUAUGGGUGUGGGCAGGUGUAUUUAGAGAUCUGGACAACAAGUAGAAGCGUAUGGCUCUAAGGUCUCUUAGGUUAAAUGGUGGAAUCAGAUGACUGCAAGUACUUACAUUUGCUAAAUUGCCCCAUGAGAGCAUGUACAUCCUUCAUUAACACUGUCACUCACAGUUACUUUCUAGAGUGGCAAAAUAAGGAUUGUGGUUGUAAGAUCACUUGACUAAAAGAAGUGUCUGGUAUGGUUAUAUAGUCCUUUUCUUGCACAUUGCUGUCUUGAAAUGUGUUGUGAUCCAGGUGAGUCAUUGAUAUAUAUAUUAACAUACUACCACUCUAAACUGGUUCCUGAUACAUCGAAACUCGACAAGCAAAAAAAUAUGUUGUGAAAUCUUUGACUAAAUGUGAAUGCACCUUUUCUAGUAAUACUUUUAUUGAGGUGAAUAAUUGGCAUACUAUAAUGAAAAAUGUAUGCAAAUGUUAUAAAACACACAGUGUGCUGCUGACCCAUGGAAGAUUGUUGUAAUUUGGUCUCUACAUAUUAUGGCAAGCACAAUCUCUAUGUUGAACUGGUUGAACCAAGGAUGAACUUCACUUGCUCAGAUUAGUAAAUACCUCUACAAAGAAAACAAAUUGAGGAUGGAGGAUUUUAACAAAUCUAUAGUUGACAAAAGCAUUAUGUUGUGUGUUUUUACUACGGGGCUUCCAGUGUAUUUAUUAUGUGAUACGGGGGUCUGUAUGAUGUGUUGUAAAAUCAAAUAUUUCAUGGCAAGUCUAGCCCUUUAAUAAUAUUUGCAUAUUAUAAUUCUCCAAUAAAUGGGAGAUGAAAAACAUACAAAUCCACUCUAUAACACCAUUUUAAUAAAAAAGUAAAACAAGGAA